AUGGAAGCUAAAGAUCUUCAAGAAAUAAACACAAUUGUUGAAGAAUAUGAAGAGAAUGAAAAUAUUCUCGACAAAAAGACAAGCGAAGCAUUGCGCUUGCAAAAUCCAGCGCAAAUUCUAACAAAUCUUUAUUUAUCUUCGGUUGAACCAGCAAAGGACUUGAUUCUUUUGAAACAACUACAAGUGAAUUAUGUCCUCAAUUUAACGGGUUACGAGUAUAACUCAGAUGAAUUGUGCUGCGCAACCAAUUAUCCACCUGAAAUUACGGCUAAACAUAUUAUAAUAGCUGAUGAAAUGGACGUCAAACUUUCUGAUUACUUGGACGAAGCACUAGACUUUAUUCAUCAUGCUAUUGGAAACAAUAACUCAAAUAAAAUUUUAAUUCAUUGUGAAGCAGGAAUCAGCCGUUCUCCCUCAAUAAUCAUUGCUUACUUGAUGCGAUAUCAUAAUCAAUCUCUCAAAGCUGCUUAUGACUACGUGAAAAAAUGCAAAAAUAAUGUAGGUCCAAAUACCGGUUUUUUCAAACAACUGAUUCAAUUUGAACAACAACUCAGUAGUAAUAAUAAUAUCAGUGACAACAAUAAUUUCAAACCAUCAAUUUGUUUGCACGAUUAUUUAGUACAACAAAUGUCAGAAGGUGCAGCUGCUGAUUUUACUCGUGAUCAAAUAUCAACAGCAUUGGAAAAAACGAAUGAUCAACCUAAUAUAGCUUUAAAUUUAUUAUUUUCGUCUAUGUAA